ACCCUGCUAAACCAAACUUUGUGCAUUCUACAGUUGCAAAACUAACGUAUCUUUCGCGUAUAGUAGUGGUUAUCUCUCGCAAAUACAGCAUAUAAAACAGAGCCAGGAUUUUUCAACCGAAAUAACGAUUUUUCGUGACCCUUUUCCCAAGCAGCUGUAAACCUUUUAAACCGGGUAGAGCCAAGAAUCCUGGAAUGAGGCGAGUCUGGAAGCUAUUGUUCGGACGAUAUCUACUGGUAACAAAUACGGUUAGUUCCGGUGUGUUGAUGUUGGCCGGCGAUGUGGCGGCACAAGAAAUUGAAAGCAGGCUGGAAAACAAACAAAAGUCCACAGUCCAAAAGUCGUCGGGGUACGAUAUGCAGCGGAUGUUCAAUAUGACAUUGGUUGGGCUGUCCCAAGGUCCAUUGCAUCAUUAUCUGUACAAAUGGAUGGAUGUAUUACUUCCCGGUGCUUCGGUUCGAACGGUGUUCAAAAAAAUCGCCAUCGACCAAUUUGCAAUAUCUCCCAUCUUCAUCAUUACGUACCUCUACAGUGCCGGUUUACUGGAAGGUUCAACCGUGACUGAAUGUACCACCGAAUUGCAGCAGAAGUACUGGACUAUCUAUACAGCAGACUGGCUCGUGUGGCCUCCGACGCAAUUCAUAAACUUCUACUUAAUCAGUCCAAAAUACCGUGUGCUGUAUAUCAAUGCAAUUACCAUGUUGUAUAAUGUGUUUCUUUGCUACAUCAAGCAUAAUGACGAUCUCGUUACGCAGCUAACGGGGAAAGCACGCAAACAGGGCGAACCUUCGGAUGCCUCAUCGUGAUAUUGACAAUUGAAUCUUUAGUUCGAAAAUCUAACAAACAACCACACUCCGAUGUUUAUGGUUAGCGAAAGUUUCACUUUUGUUUUGUAUUUUUAACGGACUUCGAUUACUAUUCUUCGUUGGUUCGCGAUAGUGUACUUAAUACUUUCUGUUGUAUUUUGAAACAUUUGUUAUUCUAUAAGCACCCGCCUAGUCUCCCAUCGUUUGUUGAAUAGUUACUAGUUAAUUACUGAUUUGUCGUUUAAAGAUGGAAGCUGCUGGAUAAUAUAUUAUUGCUUUACCAGGGUUGUGCCCGACUAAACCGAAAUCUAUACGUAGCUGAA